GGAGGGCGGCUCUGAGGAGACCUCGGCGGCGGCGGAGGAGGAGAGAAGCGCAGCUCCGCGCAGCGCCGGGGCCCAUGUGGGGAGGAGUCGGAGUCGCUGUUGCCGCCGCCGCCUGUAGCUGUCGGAGCCUGGUGGGAGUGAGGGGGAACACGGCAGGAUGAAGUUCGCCGAGCACCUCUCUGCGCACAUCACUCCCGAGUGGAGGAAGCAGUACAUCCAGUAUGAGGCAUUCAAGGAUAUGCUCUAUUCAGCUCAGGACCAGGCACCGUCUGUCGAAGUUACAGAUGAGGAUACAGUUAAGAGAUAUUUUGCCAAGUUUGAAGAAAAGUUUUUCCAAACCUGUGAAAAGGAACUUGCCAAAAUCAACACAUUUUAUUCAGAGAAGCUGGCAGAGGCUCAGCGCAGGUUUGCUACACUUCAGAGUGAGCUUCAGUCAUCACUGGAUGCACAGAAAGAGAGCAUCGGCGUCACUACUUUGCGACAGCGCAGAAAGCCAGUCUUCCACCUGUCCCACGAGGAGCGUGUCCAGCACAGGAACAUUAAAGACCUUAAGCUGGCCUUCAGCGAGUUCUACCUCAGCCUCAUUCUGCUGCAGAACUAUCAGAAUCUGAACUUUACAGGGUUUCGAAAAAUCCUUAAAAAGCAUGACAAAAUCCUGGAAACAUCUCGUGGAGCAGAUUGGCGAGUAGCUCAUGUAGAGGUAGCCCCAUUUUAUACAUGCAAGAAAAUCAACCAGCUCAUUUCUGAGACUGAGGCUGUAGUGACCAAUGAACUUGAAGAUGGUGACAGACAAAAGGCUAUGAAGCGAUUACGUGUCCCUCCUUUGGGAGCUGCUCAGCCUGCACCAGCAUGGACUACUUUUAGAGUUGGCCUAUUUUGUGGAAUAUUCAUUGUGUUGAAUAUUACCCUUGUGCUUGCAGCUGUAUUUAAACUUGAAACAGAUAGAACUGUAUGGCCCUUGAUAAGAAUCUAUCGGGGUGGCUUUCUUCUGAUUGAAUUCCUUUUUCUACUGGGCAUCAACACGUAUGGUUGGAGACAGGCUGGAGUAAAUCAUGUCCUCAUCUUUGAACUUAAUCCAAGAAACAAUUUAUCUCAUCAGCAUCUCUUUGAGAUUGCUGGAUUCCUGGGGAUAUUAUGGUGCCUGAGCCUUCUGGCAUGCUUUUUCGCUCCAAUUAGUAUCAUCCCUAUAUAUGUGUACCCACUUGCCCUUUAUGGAUUUAUGGUCUUCUUUCUUAUCAACCCCACCAAAACUUUCUACUAUAAAUCCAGAUUUUGGCUGCUUAAACUUCUGUUUCGAGUAUUUACAGCUCCCUUCCAUAAGGUAGGCUUUGCUGAUUUCUGGCUGGCCGAUCAGCUGAACAGCCUGUCAGUGAUACUCAUGGACCUGGAAUAUAUGAUCUGCUUCUACAGUUUUGAGCUCAAAUGGGAUGAGAGUAAGGGCCUGUUGCCAACUGAUCUAAAAGAACCAGAAUUUUGCCACAGAUAUACAUAUGGUGUACGAGCCAUUGUUCAGUGCAUUCCUGCUUGGCUUCGCUUCAUCCAGUGCCUGCGCCGGUAUCGUGACACAAAAAGGGCCUUUCCUCAUUUAGUAAAUGCUGGCAAAUACUCCACCACUUUCUUCACCGUGACCUUUGCAGCCCUUUACAGCACUCACAAAGAGCGACAGCACUCAGAUACCAUGGUGUUCCUUUACCUGUGGGUAGUCUUUUGUGUCAUCAGUUCCUGCUAUACCCUCAUCUGGGAUCUCAAGAUGGACUGGGGUCUCUUCGAUAAGAAUGCAGGGGAAAACACUUUCCUCCGGGAAGAAAUUGUAUACCCCCAAAAGGCCUACUACUACUGUGCCAUCAUAGAAGAUGUGAUACUGCGCUUUGCUUGGACUAUCCAAAUCUCUAUUACUGCUACAACUUUUCAACCUCAUGUUGGGGACAUCAUUGCUACUGUCUUUGCUCCCCUUGAGGUUUUCCGGCGAUUUGUAUGGAACUUCUUCCGCCUGGAGAAUGAGCAUCUAAAUAACUGUGGUGAAUUCCGUGCCGUGCGGGACAUCUCUGUAGCCCCACUGAAUGCAGAUGAUCAGACACUCCUUGAGCAGAUGAUGGACCAGGAUGAUGGGGUGCGAAACCGUCAGAAGAACCGGUCAUGGAAGUACAACCAGAGCAUAUCCCUGCGUCGGCCUCGCCUCGCAUCCCAAUCCAAGGCUCGAGACACUAAGGUAUUGAUAGAAGACACAGAUGAUGAAGUUAACACUUGAAUUCUCUGGAGUCUAGAUUAACAUCCUUGGUUUCCUACUCUACAAUUCUUCCCUUGACCAACGCAACCUCCAGCACCUUUUUCCAGCUGAGAACAGGAGAAAACAGAACACGUUCCCGGGCUCUUCAGAUCGGGUCCUAUGGACUCCGAGCAAGCUCACUGUGUUUCUUUUCUUUUCUUCUGGUUUAAUCUUCAUUUUCUAUUUUUAAAACAAAUACUUCAUUUUGCCAAUCAGAGGAUGUUUUAAGGAACAAAAACCUAAUAUCUUAUGGAUUGUUUACAAUCACAAAGACACAGAUGCCCAUCCGGAUGAAGAACAGGCAUUGGAAGGAGGCCUCUGAUGGACGGCAUGGACGUAACUCAGCCUACACCUGGCCCGGUUUUGACUGUUUGAAACCGGACCCUGGUUUUUAAAUUUUCUGUCAGUUUCUGUGGAGAGUUUUCCCUCCCUUCCUAGCCAGCAUAGAGGCCCUGGCAGCACUUGCAGGGAAAGUGCAGCUUGGAGCAGCAGCCCCCUCCACGAAGCUACUUUUUAAUUUGACGUCGUGGGUUUUCUCAUUUGGGGAGGGUUUGGGGUGGGUGGGGAAUAUGAUGUAUUUGUUACAUUUGGUCUUCUCAUUAUUUAUGAAACUUAACCAUAGAUGAAUGAUACUACUCCUGUGAAGGGAGGCAGGAGAAACUAAGGGUAGAUGACAUUUGGGGGGGUCAAGCCCACAUACCUCUUUCAGGAAACAACUUGUACCAGUUUGACUUUUACUCUUUCCUUUUAACUUUAAGCCAAAAGUUUUAUUGCUAAAUUUUUAGUUACUACUCUGGAGCCCCAAAUGUUACUGUCAUGACCUGGCACCCCACUUGCUUCCCACUAGUAGACAUUCAGAAGAAAGGUUCUAAUAGUUGUGUCUUCAGGAACAGGUGCAGGAUACAUCUGCCCAUAUUCCAGUCUGCAAUGAAAUUCUACUGUGUGCUUCUGCGUGUGGGAGAAUUGUAGUCUAAGUUUACUGACUGGAUGGAAAGACCGGCCCAUUUCAGACUCUUCACAGCUCUAUUGAUUAUUUCCCCUUCUGGUGUCAUCUACUUUAGCCAGAAUUUGAUCAAAUUAAAAGUCUUUUGUGGCGAGUGUA